AUGGGCCAGUUAAUCGUUUUUUGGUUGUGUUAUUCCAAAAUACUAGACGCUGCCUAUUGUCAACCCUGCUGGUUAUUUGCUUCACAAAGGAAUAAUGUUUGGUGUACGGGAAUUCGAGAUUGCAAGCAUUUAUCAGAAAAAAUUAAACAACACAGUUGUUCGAGUGGCCAUUCGGAAGCACGUGCUGUGUAUGAAUUUUGGAAAAAAAACGAUACUAAUACUAUCGACAAGGAACUUGAAAAUGAAAUUCGCAAAGAAGCAUCAUUUUGGAAAAUGGUUCUUCAAAGGUUAUUCGAUAUCAUACUUACCCUAGCAAAGAGUUCUUUGGCUUUGAGAGGACAUCAAGAAGAUUUAAGUCAGAAAGGACACCACGGAAAUUUUCUGUUCUUUGAAGAGCUUGUCGCCCGAUAUGAUCACAUUUUGCGGCAAGUUAUGGAUAUGCCCAAAGGUAAAAAUAAUUAUUUCUAA